CUUCCUCCACAGACCAUGGCAUCCAUCGCAGCAGCCACCGCGGCGGCCUCCCUCGGAGCGUCCGAGAUCCUCGGCACACGCCUCAGCGCAGCCGCCCCGGCUCGCGCCGCCGCUGCGCCCUCGUCCGGUUCGUCCAAGAUCGUCGCGCUCUUCUCCAAGAAGGCGGCGGCUCCUGCCAAGCGAAAGGCAGCUGCUGCUGCUGCUCCGGCCAAUGAGGAGCUCGCCAAGUGGUAUGGUCCUGACAGAAGAAUUUUCUUGCCGGAAGGCCUCCUGGACCGAUCUGAGAUUCCAGAGUAUCUCAAUGGAGAAGUUCCGGGAGAUUAUGGCUAUGAUCCUUUUGGGCUGAGCAAGAAACCUGAGGAUUUUGCCAAAUACCAAGCUUAUGAGCUCAUCCAUGCAAGGUGGGCGAUGCUUGGUGCAGCUGGCUUCAUCAUCCCAGAGGCCUUCAACAAAUUUGGUGCAAACUGUGGCCCUGAGGCUGUCUGGUUCAAAACUGGUGCUCUUCUCCUGGAUGGGAACACACUGAACUACUUUGGGAAGAGCAUUCCAAUCAAUCUUGUGGUUGCUGUCAUUGCCGAGAUUGUGCUUGUUGGAGGUGCUGAAUACUACAGAAUCAUCAAUGGACUGGAUUUGGAGGACAAGCUGCACCCUGGAGGUCCAUUUGAUCCACUGGGGCUGGCGGAUGAUCCAGACCAAUUUGCAUUGCUCAAGGUGAAGGAGAUCAAGAACGGGCGACUCGCGAUGUUUGCGAUGCUGGGGUUCUUCCUGCAGGCCUAUGUCACUGGGGAAGGACCAGUGGAGAACCUCACCAAACAUCUGAGUGACCCAUUUGGAAACAAUUUGCUCACUGUCAUCUCUGGAGCAGCUGAAAGAGCUCCAACCCUGUAAUCUCCCAGCCGUGUUUCUUCUCUUCCAUGAUCUGCAUGCCAUGUUGGCCACUUAGAUCAUUCAUCGCAAUGUAAAAUGUUAUUUGAUACUUCAAGUAAUUCUUGUUUCAGCGAAAACAUUCUGUGCA